GCUGCCCUACGACGCACAGAUGUCAUUCUGGAAGUAGGCCCGGGAACUGGUAACCUGACAGUAAAGAUGUUAGAGAAAGUAAAAAAAGUUAUUGCAUGUGAAAUUGACCCUAGACUUGUUGGCGAACUUCAGAAGAGAGUCCAGGGCACGUGUCUGGCAAACAAGCUCGAAAUCAAGGUUGGAGAUAUUUUGAAAACAGACUUACCAUUUUUUGAUGCAUGUGUGGCUAACUUGCCUUACCAGAUUUCUUCACCUUUUGUUUUCAAAUUGUUGCUUCACAGACCUUUUUUCAGGUGUGCAAUACUUAUGUUUCAGAGGGAAUUUGCACUUCGUUUGGUUGCAAAACCAGGUACUAAAUUGUACUGCAGACUCUCUAUUAAUACCCAGUUAUUAGCUCGAGUGGACCAUCUGAUGAAGGUUGGAAAGAACAACUUCAGGCCUCCCCCCAAAGUUGAAUCCAGUGUUGUCAGAAUAGAGCCAAAGAACCCACCACCACCCAUCAACUUCCAGGAGUGGGAUGGUCUGGUAAGGAUAGCCUUUGUUAGGAAAAACAAGACGCUCUCUGCAGCGUUCAAGUCGAGUGCUGUAGAGCAGUUGCUGGAUCAUAAUUACCGAAUUCAUUGCUCCUUAAAUAAUACAGAAAUACCUGAAAACUUCAAGAUUGCAGAGAAAAUACAGACAGUCCUAAAAGAUACAGGUUAUUCUGAAAAACGAGCCCGUUCAAUGGACAUAGAUGAUUUCAUUAGGCUGCUGCAUGGCUUCAAUUCGGAAGGCAUCCAUUUCUCAUAG